CUCCGUCUUCAAGCCUUCCCCCCUUCUCCCCCUCCUUUUACUGGUGCAACUGCUAGAGAGAGAGAGAGGGAGAGGGAGAGAGAGAGACGCAAGGGUUGGGUUGAUAGAGAUGGCGGUAAUGGCGGCUUCUAUCUACAAUAUCUAGUGCAAUAAAAGAGAGGGUUUAAACACUAUAGCAGAGGGUAAGAGAGGCGUCCUUUUCUCGCCACUGGUGGUGUUAAAAGAUUGCUCUGAUUCAUGUGGUUUCUUUGUUAGUAGCAACACAGGUCUAGAGGGCCUUCAACUGUUUUCUCUUUGGCACUGAAAGAUAUGGAGGUCAGGAGAAGGAGAGGAGAGAGAUGUGGCUCUUCGAUUUGCUUCAUGUCUUUACCUUCUAUUACCCCACUUUUCCUUCUUUUUUCCGCGUUCAUCGGCGAAGCAAUGGUCGAUGCCUCGGCUUUCAAUUACACAAGCACCAGACGCGUCACGAGUCUUAGGUUGGCAAGGAUUCAAAGUUUCUUAGAGAAGAUCAACAAGCCUGCCGUGAGGUCCAUCGAGAGUCCGGAUGGAGAUAUCAUCGACUGCGUCCACCGGCACAAGCAACAGGCUCUCGAUCAUCCUCUUCUAAGGAACCACAAGAUCCAGAGAGAAGCACCUCAGAGGCCAGCAUUCAGAGGUGGCCGGCAACCGCGAAAUUACAAUGCAAGCGAUGCAGCGAGAAGGGCUUGGCAAACAUGGCACCAUGUUGGGCAUUGCCCGAAGGGCACGGUCCCAAUACGGAGGAGCUCCGUCGAUGACGUAUUGAGAGCCAAAUCUUUGUACCACUAUGGGAAGAAGCAGCAAGGAGUGCCACUUGCUAGAAAGGUCGAUGCACCAGAUGUGGUCAGUGGUAAUGGCCAUGAGCAUGCAAUUGCUUACACUGGGAACUCACAAGAGAUCUAUGGGGCUAAGGCUACAAUCAAUGUCUGGGAUCCAUCCGUCCAAAUGUCCGACGAGUUCAGCCUCUCCCAGAUCUGGGUCCUCUCGGGAUCAUUCGAUGGCUCUGAUCUCAACAGCAUUGAAGCUGGCUGGCAGGUCAGCCCUGAGCUUUAUGGAGACAGCAGCCCCAGGCUGUUCACCUACUGGACGAGUGACGCAUAUCAGGCGACAGGGUGCUACAACCUUCUGUGCUCAGGGUUUGUGCAGACCAACAGCAGGAUAGCCAUUGGAGCAGCUAUAUCACCGGUAUCAUCAUAUGGAGGCGGCCAAUAUGAUAUCACCAUUCUCAUAUGGAAGGAUCCAAAGCUUGGAAAUUGGUGGAUGAGCUUCGGAGACAACAUGCUGGUCGGCUACUGGCCGGCCGAGCUCUUCACACACCUCUCGGACCAUGCCACGAUGGUGGAAUGGGGAGGGGAGGUGGUGAACAUGAGACCUAAUGGGGAGCACACCUCGACCCAAAUGGGCUCGGGCCACUUUGCGGAGGAGGGGUUUGGAAGGGCCAGCUAUUUCCGCAACCUGGAGAUCGUGGACACGGACAACAGCCUUAGCUCCGCCCAGUCCAUCUCCACGCUCGCCGAGAACACCAACUGCUAUGACAUCAAGAGCUUCUCCAACACCGAUUGGGGAAAUCACUUCUACUAUGGUGGCCCUGGCGGCAACUCCCAAUGCCAUUGAGUUCCUCCUUUCCACUUCCCAUUCUUUCCAUGCCUGAGGCUUCUCUUUGCCUUAUCACACGCCUAAUAUAGUGUAUUAAUAUCAAAAUUCAAAGUUCUCAUCGUUCUCGAUCCAUGAAAAAUGUCUCUAAGGGUCAUUUUGUGCUUAUCCUUGUUUUCGUUGCUGCUAAUGUUUUCAUACAUGAUAUUGAUAUAUAUAUAUAUAUAUAUAUUUCUGCAAAAUAAUAUUCUUUAAUCAUUCUAGUCUUUUUGUAUAUUUUUGGGGAUUUAAUUCAAAUUUGUAAGAAAUAUGUUUGCCAGAUCAUCAAAUGCUUGUAAGUAUUAUGGCCCUCCUCAUCUUUCUUCGCCGCAUAAUUAAGAUCGGACUAACCCAAGCACACUGCAAAUAGAAGUCAUCCUUUAGAGGGAUAUAUCACCAUGGCAAAUUAACUGCAAGGAGCAUCACAGACCACUUUAGGACCAU